GUGCAAAGGGAAAGCAGGAAUUUGCAGUAAGCUCCCUGUAAUGCUCAUUUGCAUUGGCCUGUUGGGUACCUACAAUCCCCAGCACAGAUGUCGGCCUUCCCCCAAGCCAGGGCAGCUCUCCCGCCCGCACUCCCCACCUCCGAAAUAAAGGCUUUUGCCGUGACUGAGAGGUGUAAAAUAACUGUUUACAGCACAAGCUGCUCUUCUUUUUCACUGUGGUGCUGUCUUACAAAUGAACCUUGAAAUGAGCUCACCCAGAGCAGAUGCCCGUGGGCAAGCAAAGGGGCUCACCCUGAGUGGGCUGGGCACAGGCUGUGGCUGGGCACCGGGGCCUCCUCUGGCCUCCCCUCCCACCUGGCUGUCCCCUGAACCCAAAGCCUUGCCACCAGCUUGCAUCAUGGUCUCGUGGAGCAUCCCACUCACCCCAGACCUCGGCAGCAGCUCACAGGUUAAAGGAAGCAGAAGGGAAGGUGAAGCAGAAGCAGCAAGUGAAGGCCAAGUACGGAAGGGAGAGCGAGGAACAAGGUCCCACCACUACAGAGACUGGAGACACCUUUCCUGGUGGCACUGGGGGCUGGCCAGACUCUGGGACCACUAACAUGGGGGGCACACACAGUGCCCUAUAGCCAUGCCCACCCAAGGAGGGGUGCCAACAGGCACAGGACACACUUUUAGGAAUUUUUAGGUAAUUCUGCAUUUCCUGACACCUCUGCCAUGCUCAGUUGGGCCACGAGCCAAGGUGGUCUCAGGCUUCCCCCUGCUGCCCUGACUGCCUUGGUGCCUUUUUCUGCACAAGGUGCUGGUGGAGGGGUGUCUGGGGGCAGAUGGUGGACUUCUCUUCCUUACCAUUUAAGCCAAACCCAGCCAGAAGCUGUGUUCCCAGGUGACAUGCUUCCAGCCUGGAGCACCCUAGGAAACUGCCCAGACCUCCCUGUACUCUAGCCCACCCACUGCCUCCUCCAUACCAAGGUGCUGGAGUCAUGGAUGCCUCAGCUACACCUUUUAUAAAUACCAGCAACAAUCCACUUCCCAAGUGGGCUGGAAAAAUCUUGGAAAACCAAGAGAGUCUUCACUGGUGAUCAGCUGGGGCUGGCUAAUGUGAGAGACUCCAACACAGGGCAGUGGGACCUCCUUUACCUGUCUUUGCAGAGGACACACCUGAGAUAAGGGGCCCAUCCCUGCUCCCUUUACCUGGCACAAAGGACAAGUUAUUAACCUCACCCUCCCAGCCCUCCUCUCCCAGCACAACAACCACACCAGCUCAUCCCAGGCCUCUGCCAAGUAGUGCACUUAUAAAACCAGGUAGCUGCACCCCAGCUCUGUAUCUGACUGACAAACAGCCUCUGCCUGCCAGAUUCCAUGUCUGGGGACAUGUUUUCGUGAUGAGCCCAGGUGGCAGGGUGUGCAGACAUGCUGCAUGUUUGCAUUCACUCACAAGCAAACACACACACACCCACGCUGUGGUUAAGCAAGGGACAUGAAGUCCUCGCUUUUAUUACUGGGGUACAUCCCACCCUCGGCUUGAGUGGAGUGGGCUCUCCAGCCACAGCACUACAGUGGGAGCUAGAAAAUCCCACCAGUGAGUUGGGAGGGCUGACGGUGCCUCUGAGCCACCGUGGCCCCUUCCUCUCCACUUCAAUAAGGUGACACAUUCGACACCAAUCCAAAGGGCUUCACCUGCAGGACUCAACAGGACACUGCCAAAUCCUGCUCAUUAGCAAAGCAAACAUCACAAAGCAAAUGCACGGUCAAGAAAAACACCUUCAUACUCUCCCCCAAACCAGGCAGAAGUGAGGAAGUAUAGAAGUGCAUUCUCACUCCGCACCAAGACUCCUCCAAAGGCUUCUCUGCUCCCACACCAGCAUUCCAGAGGAGUGAACAGACAAGCCCCCUUCAGCAUGGCAGGGGGGAAAUCAAAGUAAAAAUCCCACAGGACUAACUCACCUCUGGGUUAGUUUGCAUCUGCAAUAACCUGUCAGUUUAAUAUUAAAUUCUACACGGCAGCCAAAAACUGGAAGAGUUACAUAUUUCCUACGUCCGCCCAUGUGCAACAGAGAACUCAGGUUCCCAAGAGGUAAAUAAUGUUCCCAUGUUUGCCCUAGAGGAUUUCUGUGAUGGAAACAACCAGCUGUCAACAGUUUUUAAUCGAUCAUCCUUUCCUUGUAAUAAUAAUCCCUGGGAGCGGGAACUCCUAGCUGAAGUACUCUAUUAUUAAAUUAAGAGGCUGUUUCAAAGAUGUGAAAUGGCUGGGGUCAGGUUAAGUAGGUGAAACCAGGCAUCACUUCAAGGAAACAGAGGGGGAAAAGAUGAGUAGAAGGCAUUUUCCCAGGUGUAACUCAACCGCUUCCCGGCUAUUGUUUCCCUCCCUGGGAAUCUGUGCAAAUUGAACGAGGAGCCGUGCAAGCUGCUCAGAGCGCGCCCAUUUUCCUUCCCUUCUUCCCUAACAAAAGAUCCCUCCAAAGCCCAGCGUCGGAGGCCGGACAUCUGUCGCCGUUUGGGGGGGCUGGCGUGCUCAUUGAAAAGAAGCAGUGACCUGUCAGCUUUGAUUGAUGGCCACAAACCUCCGGGCUCGACCCCUCGUGUGGGAAAAGUAGUCCCGCCAAGGACAGUUCCCUUUCACAUGCUAAUUCGGGGUUAUAAAUACAGCAGAGGAGCGGCGGAGCAGCAAAGAGCCCGACUGGAAACGGAGCGACCCACUGCCCGAGUGCCUCCUUCCCACCCCGUGCCUGGAUUAGAAUGACUGCCACAGCCACCCCGGGCAGCACCCACAAGCUCGCCAGCACCAAGGAGGAGAGGAAGUUAAGGAAACCCCUCAUUGAGCGGAAGCGAAGGGAAAGGAUUAAUAACUGCUUAGACCAGCUGAAGGAGACAGUUGUGGGAGCAUUUCACCUGGAUCAGUCUAAACUGGAAAAAGCAGACAUCCUUGAAAUGACAGUGAAGCACCUCCAGAACAUCCAGAGCAGCAAGAUGAUGGCUGACUCCAAAGUGGGUCUGGAAGCCCAGCAGAGGUACAGCACUGGGUACAUUCAGUGCAUGCACGAGGUGCACAACCUCCUUCUCACCUGUGAGUGGAUGGACAAGAGCCUUGGGGCGCGCCUGCUAAACCACCUGCUGAAAUCCUUGCCCAGGUCUGGUGAAGAUACCUGCAAAGCAGCACUGAGGUCUUCCAGCCCAUCUCAACAGCCUCUCUUGACGCCCAAAGGUCCCCUGAGCCCUAAGGGGAGCAAUCGGGGCACAAACCUGGCACAGGAGCGCUUCUACUCUGCAGAGAACAAGCAGGCUUCCAAAAAUUCCUUCCAGGUGCCGCUGCUGUCGGUUUUCAACCAGGUUGAUGCUGCGCCUCCCAGACAGGUUCUGCAGCCAAAUUUUUCCCAUAACAACCCUAGAAUGGGGUCAUUAGAUAUGUGGAGACCAUGGUAAAGCGUGUUUUCAAUUUUUAUCCUAACCUUAGACACUCUUACGUAUGUAUCUUAUAGAUAUGUUUCUUUAAAACACUUGUGGAGCAAGUCUGUUCCUGUAGGUGUACUAAAGACCAGGGUACUUCAAGCCGAAGUAAACCUAUG